AUGGCAGUUAUACGUCAGCCAGUCUACGCGACUGAGUCGUGCGGCCACAUUUAUGGUCCGGACACGCUAACGGUGCUCGAGUUCGAUGAGGAAGUCGACUAUAAAAAGAACAAACCAUCAGACGAACAAGACCUCUUGCCGCCCUAUGAAAUCAGAAACACAGAAUGGGAGUGUAUCAUCGUUGUGCGGGGGAUGCCCGCCACCGUCUCGAAACGCUACAUCGGGCUGCAGUGGCGAGACUUCCACAUCUGGGACCGCGAUAUCGGAACCGCCGGAAACAGUGUUGCGGAGUGCGGCAAGGCAUACGUCACUAUCUACCAGGGCGUGGACAUCGAGACCUCCAAGCGGAACUGGACGAUGUGCGGAAAAGACACACAAGACCAAUUCUUCGAGUGGCAGGGGGACGCAAUCACCAUCCGGGUCUAUGCGGACUUCCGGCGCGACCCCGACUUCACAUACCCGACCACCCCGACCCGCCCCUCGACCACGCCCACCACACCCGACCCUGACUGCAUACACCCCAGCAAUGUAACAGAGAACAUGACAACAUCUCUUCCGGUGUGUAAGACCCCCAAGCCGCCCCCGUCCACGACGCCCCUCGACGUCUACCCCUACCCUGAAGUCCAUUUCCGGGCGGACAUUUCAUCAUUCGACUAUGCGUGUAACGAGUCAAUCCCCGGGGAGGUGUUCAAGUGUAACGACAGUCAACGAUGUCUGGACGAGGGCAUGUUGUGUGACUUCUACUUCUCUCAGAACUGCAAGACAUCAUCCUAUCCUGGAGACAAGUCCGACCAGUCAAGGGACGCACCCUCAUACUGCUUCAGAAAGGAUACAACGACACCCAUCCCGACCACGACCACAGAGGCUCCUCCAAAGCCCAUAAACUGGCGACCGAUAGCGGGCGCGUUAGGUGGUGCCCUGGCCGUCCUGGCGCUCUGCUGGUGCUGCUGGCGACCGGGUUACCUUCCCUGGCGGCUUGCGCGUCUCCGGAAUGUGCCCUUUUUCAACACGCAGCAUUGCGUGAGCUGUAGGGGACGGACAGUCUGCUGUCCCUGUCUUAAAUCUUGCGCAGGGGGUGGGGCGGCUGAAGAACCCCUGGUGUACACUGCCGGAGGACAGUACGGUCGAGGAGUGAGAGGUUCGGUGCCUCGCGGCCUAAUCGGUCAAGCGGCGAGUAUGAAGGCCGUGGUUGUUCCGUAUGGACGCCUGGAGAACUCCUCCGCGAGUAAGGGCGGCCAGUACACCAUAAACGGCCCAACUGGAUACAGUCCCGCCAUUUCCCCAUCAGACUUCUAUGGGAAGGACCCGAACAACUUCGCCACGGAUUGGCUGAAGUUCAUAUCCGGCGACGGCGCGCAUUUGCGAGAACAACGUUAAUUGAGACUGGAAAUCAUGUA